AUGGCUCAAACUCCCAAAAGCAACUUUCAGCACAUGAAAGAUUGUAUGGAUAGUUCUGCUGCGUGUCUUAAUUGUGCUGAACACGCAAAUUCUGAAGGAUGCGCAAGAACAUGCCGUAUUAAUGCAGAAUUGGCUUCAUGCACCGCGAAAUUGAUUUCACUAAAUGCACCUCAAGUGAAUACUCUCGUUGAUCUUACUAUUAAAUCUAGUCAAGAUUGUGCUGAAAUUUGUAUCAAGCAUAAUAAUGAUCAUUGUCAAACUUGUGCACACGCUUGUCAAAACCUUGCUGAGAACUUGCGCCAAUGCCAAACUUAA